CAAUCUACCAAUGGAAAUCUGAAGCCCAAGAAGUUCUUUCAACUAGGCGUUUGCUACUGCUACUUAGUAUCUUGCUAUUGAAACAGUGCUUCUUGGACUAGCAACAUCAACAUCACUUUGGAAGUGAAUACGUUAUUGUGAAGUACUAAAUGGGAAUAUCACCUAUGAAUGGCACCAAGCAUUCUGUGGAUGACAGCCCUAGUAAUGUAACAAGCAACAACUAAAAUCCCUCCAUGAUGAAAGUACUUAGCUAUUUUUCAUGCCUAACUAAUUCCAGGAUCCCUGUAUUUCAUGAUAACCAGAGCUGGUGAGAGAAAGUUUAUAGAAGAAUCCCAGACCCAUUGUUUAUUGUGUCAAGUGAGAAAGACCACACACAGGCAAAUAUCCAAGCUAACCUGAUUCGAAACAGACUGAGAAAAGUUCCCAGGUUUAGAACCAUGUUCAGUAACCUGGUUCAUUAUCCAAGAUAUUCUCUGUAUUGGAGCAAGGCAGACCCUGUCCCACCAUUCAUCCGUCAGGAAUGGAAGAGACAUGAGGAGAAACACAGAGAAGCCCUCUGGCACCUUGCCAUAACAGAUACAUCUUUUCAGAUGGCCAAAGAGGUUUAUGCAGAUCCUGAAGUAACUGGAAAGAAUCGCUAUAAAUACUUUGAAAGGCCUUUCCUUCCAUUUCAUCAACAGAUGCCACUUAAUGUCGUUUUUGCAGUAACCAAGACAGAGCCAUAUACUUUUCCUACUACUUCUGCUAAGUACCCAUCUAUCCCUUCAAAGUGUACUGUGGGCACUCAGACUGAUUAUCGGGAUGCUGAAGUUCAAACAGAUCCAUAUUCUCCAGAAUAUGUAGUAUGUCAGGAGUCAAUCCCUGAGCUCUUGACCCUGGCUACUCUUACUUGGGGUCGAGGGCUCCCAGCAGGACAAGCUGAAGUUGAGAUGAUAGAACGUGCCCGGGAGAAGCGUGCUUGGGAAGCCACUCUUCCCUGUCUGAGUGACACCUCCCAGUUUGAGAAGAGAAGGAGGAUGAUGAAUGCGAUGGAGAGGAAGGAAUGGGCCUUCAGAGAGCAGGAGAUUGAAAAACUGCAGGAGAUUCGCCUGGAAGUCCUAAAAGAGCUGCUGAAGAAGCGUGAUGAGAAUCAAAAUGAAGUGAACAUGAAGCAUUUGAAUGCCCAGUGGUCUAAACUGCAGGAAGCAAAGGAGGCAAAACUGGCACAGAUUCAGCACAGACAUGUAUCAGCAAUCAGGAAACUUGUGGGAAAGGGAAAGAAUAUAGAAGGGAAGUUGGAGAGAAGAAAUAUCAUCAAGGAUUAUUCUGACUAUGCAUCCCAGGUCUAUGGGCCUUUGUCUCGCCUUGGUCGUUUCCCUGAUAACAACUCAGAGGACUUUGUAGUAAAAAACCACUAUCUCAACACCUAUGAAGGAUUAGUUGAACUUGAGUCAUGUCUCCCAGAUUUUGUGACACAACCCCGAAUCAGACCUCCAAAGCCAAAAGUCACUACCACGAAAGCUGGUUUUCUCAAGAGGGCAGCAAGAAUGGAACAUGAGUUGGCAGAGGUUCAUAAGGCAAUAUUGGAUAAGAAGAAUAAAGUUCUUGAACCAAAGAAACUUCUGCGCUUUCUUCACAGAAAGUCACUACCUCAACCUCGCCUUCCAACUCCAACUUUGGAAAUGAGUUCCAAUGAAGAAGAAGAUAUGGAGAUGGCUGUGAUCUACCUUCAAAAGUUACUCCGGGGAAGAGUCGUUCAGAACACGAUGUUUGAAGGCAAGGAAAAGCGACUGGAGUUGAUCCAGGAGCUGCGCACCAGCCAUGCGCUACAAGAAGAUGACAGGCUGCUGAAGAAAGCUGAGAAGCAAGUGACCCUGGCCUUACAGCGACAGAGGAACUUGCAUGAGCACAAGGUGUCACUGGUUGAAAACCAUUUGGCUGGACUGGAAGGAAGGGUUCUGGCAGACAUGUUUGACUUCCUGUCCAAAGAGCUGGUGAGACUACAGGAAGAGAGGAGGAUCCAUGCUUUUGCCAUGCUGGCCGAGCGGCAGCGGAGGAUGCGAGAAGCUGAGGAGAGUGGUCGGCGCCAAGUGGAGCAAAGGCGCCUGCGGGAGGAGGACCAGAUAUUUAAGGAGGUGGUUAAAGUUCACCAAAGUACUGUAAGUUCCUAUCUGGAAGACAUAAUACUGAAUACCGAAGAGAAUACUGCAGAAGAACAAGCCAGGGCAGAAAUUGAGAAGAUGGCUGAGGAAAUCAAUGACAUUGCUUACGAAAUGGAGAGCCGUCGAACUCAGCUUCAGUCAGAGGAGAUUGUUGCUGAGUUGGUUUAUAGUUUCCUGAUCCCAGAGGUCCAAAAGGACUUUGUCAAAGAAAAAGUGAGGAACGCACAGCAGAAGCAUAUCCUUGCAGCCCAUCAGGUCAUCCACAGACACACAGAAGCCAUGCUCAAAAAGAAGUUUGUUGAGCAACAGCAAGACGAGGUCUCAGACACUGACCAGUUACUAGAGGAAGAAACUCAAAAUGAGAAAAACAACUAAGGUUUGCCUGCACUUACGUGACCAACAGACCAUCUGCAGGGGAAUCUAUUGGGACCUGAAGUUUCAACCAAUGAGGAUCAUGGAAGGAAUGUUGAGAUGAGGGGGCAGUUAAGAAUGAAAGCAGACAGAAAGCAGAUAAAGGACUCUUAAAUACCUAGCUAUGGCUGUAAAUUAUAGCAGAAAACCUUUUGUUUUUAAUUAAUAAUGAAAUAACCUCUGAAAUCACUGAAGAUAUAAACCAUGUAUUUACAUGGAAUGUUAUCCAUACAUCUAUAUAAUAUAAAUUCAAGGACCAUAGCAUUUUGCCUAUCUUAUUGUGAUAAAAUUACCCUUAAUGUUUGGAUAGUCAUUUUUCUUAUAUGUAAAUUUAAUAUUAUUAAUAAUUUACAUAAUUUAAAUUAAAUAUGUGUGCAUUUACUUCUGAGUAUAAAGGAUCUCUUUACUGCUUUAUUACAUGUUUAGAACAAAGGGGCAUGUGGUGGCUCAGUCGGUUAAGUAUUGGACUCUCGAUUUCGGCUCAGGUCAUGAUCUCGCAGUUCGUGAUUUCAAGCCCUGCAUUAGGCUCGGCACUGAUGGUGAGGAGCCCACUUGGGAUUCUCUAUCUGCCCCUCCUCCAUUUGUGCUCAGUCUCUCUUUCUCUCUUUCCCUCCCCCUCUCUCUCUCUCUCAAAAACAAACUUAAAACAAUGUUUGGAACAUGAUGUUUAGUUGCCCCCAUAGUAUGUAUUACUCUCUCUCCCUUCUCAGAAGGAGGGAAGGACAGAUGUGAGAUUUAAUAAUGCUUAAGGAUGUAGGCGUGGACUGUUGAGUUAAAAAUAUUUUUAAUUAGCUUGAAAACAAUGGAGACCUAAUAGUGAGGAAUUGCUGGGCAAAUAUCUAGGAGCAAAAUUCAGAGAGUUGGUUCUGGCAUUUAGAGCCACUUUUUUUUCCUCCCCUGAGGGAAUGUGCAAAUUCUAGAAAAUUUGGCUGAAAAGCUGAGUGAAUCUUUCCCCAGCUUUGUAAAACUAAGGGGACAAAAACUGGAGUCAUACUGGAGGCCCUGGUAAGCCUCUUCCAUUUAGGUUGGACUCUAAAAGGCUGUGUGCCAGUAGUAAGGAUUAAUUGGAAAUAACUGUCCCUCACAAAGACUACAGUUUAGCUUCCAGUCAUCUGAAUGCUCCAAAAAAAUCUCAGUUGCAGAAAUUGAAUUAAAGAGAUCAUUGAUUCCUGUUGCUUCAGAAAACUUGUCAGAAACAAAACAUAAAUUCUCUUUGUAGAAAGAUGACAUCAUCCUAGACCUCUUUUCAAAAACAGGUUUUUAUAUACAAUUUCCAGUAUAUGAUCAAGGAUAUCCAGGUACAUGAGAACAAGCAGUAGCAGAAAUUACAGGUAAUAGAAACAAACCUAAAGGGAUCUAAACUAUUGGAAUUAUUAGAUUUAAAAAUAGCUAUGCUUACUACUAUGGACUUCUAGCCUCCAGAAUUGUGAGAAAAUAAAUUUCUAUUGUUUUAGCCACCCAAUCUAUGUUGUUAUGGCAACCUGAUCUAAGACAGAUUUUGGUGCCAGGAGUGGAAAGCUGCUGUAACAAAUAGUUCAACAAUGUGGAAGCAGCUUUGAAACUAGAGAAUGGCCAGAGGCAGGAGAGUUGUGCAGUAUAUACUAGAAAUAUAGAUAUUAAGGGCAAUUCUGGUAAGGUGUCAGACAGAAAUAGGGAACGUGUUACUGGAAACUAGAUGGAACACAAUCAUUUAUAAAGUGGCAAAGAACUUGGCUGAACUUUGUUGUAGUGUUUUGUGGGAGGUAGAACUUGUGAGCUAUGAAAUUGGAUAGUUAGCUGAGAAGACUUCUAAACAAAGUAUUGAAGGAGUGACUUGGUUACUCCUGACUGCUGAUACAGUAAAAUAUUGAAGGGAGAUGAAAUGAAGAAGGAAUUAUUAAACAAAAAGGAAUAAGAACUUGAAGGUUUGGAAAAUUCUCAGUCUAUCCAUAUUUCAAAGAAAUGAGAAAGUGUAUUCUGAAAAGAACAUUAAGGGUGUGGUUGAACAGCUAUUUGAUAAAGAGCUUAUAGGAUUAUAAGAGUAGGAAUACUGCCAGUUUGAACUGAAGGAGAUGGAGGCAGGAUGAAAUGAAGGAAGGCUGUCAGACCUCUUGGCUUUGACAGGAUGAACCGAUAGAGCUACUGUGAGGCAAAAGUACACAAUUCUUCAAACAGUUUCAACAGGUCAGAUGGCCUUGAUGUAGAACCCUAAGAGUGGGACCACCGUGGGACCUGAUCCAGGCAGAAGUGCAAUGAUAGGACCCUCACCAAGAGGACAAUGGGACACAGCAGAACCAAAGCAUUGGGCCAUCCUCCUGAUCCAUGGGAGUAAUGCUGCCAUCCCCACAGACCUAGAAGGCAGGACAUUGAGGCAGAGAGGAUUAAUUUCAAGCUUAAGAAUCUGAUAGGAUUUGUCUAGCUAGGCUUUGGACUUAUUUGGGACCCAUUACUUCUUUCUUCUUUCUGAUUUCUCCCUUUGGAAUGAGAAUAUCUAUUCUAUAUUUGUUCUGCCAUUAUAUUUUAGAGGUACAUGACUUAUUCACAGCUGGAGAGGAUUUUGCCUCAGGAUGACUCAUACCUUGACUCUCACCCAUACCCGAUUUGUGAUUUAGAGGAUAUUUAGAUGAGAUUUAGUUGAUGCUCUAAUGAGUUAAGACUUCGGGGGCUAUUGGGAUGGAAUGAAUGUAUUUUGCAUGUGAGAAGGACAUGAAUUGGGGGAGGGGAGGGCUGGGGUGGAGUGCUAUGGACUUGUGUCCCUCCCAAAUUCAGAUGUUGAAGCUCUAACCUCCAGUAUGAUGACAUGUGUAGAUAAGGACUGUGGGAGAUAAUUAUGAUUAGAUGAGAUCAUGAGGGUGAGUCCCCCAUGAUGGGAAUGAUGCCCUAAUAAGAAGAGACACCAGAGAGCUUGUUUUUUCUGUUUUUUGUUUUUUUCUUUUUUUCCGUGCCAUAUGAGGACAUGGCAAGAAGGCAGUGAUCUACAAACCAAGAAGAAAGUUGGCCCCAGAAACCAACCAUGCUGACAUCUUCAUCUUGGACUCCUAGCCUGCAGAACUGUGAAAAAAAUAAAUUUCUGUUGUUUAAGCUA